CAGACGACGCUGCUCGCUGCUGCUGCUCGCUCCGACGCGCUGUCCAGGUGUUCGCUCUAUGUUAUUGCAGAGAUCUGGACUUGGUUUUGAGCUUUGUCACUUUAUCCGCAUGAGAUGGCCUAACGUGAAAUGCUUUGUGUCGGAGUCCGGCUGUCACUCGGACGUGUUUAAAGCCGUCUCAUCACUCCCUCUUCUCCGCGAGAACGAAGCGGGAAUACCGUUAAAAUGAAGACUGACACAGGGGUGAACAUUUGAGCUGUGUGUUUAUACCUCGAUUGGGAGAAGAUAGCCAUUAGCCGACUAGCCUGAGACACCCGGCGGCAGCUCGGAUAUCUUAAUUGCGCGGCUAUGGCUGGGCUCAUCAAGAAGCAGAUCCUGAAGCAUCUCUCCAGGUUUGCGAAGAAUCUGUCCCCGGACAAGAUCAACCUGAGCACGCUGAAGGGGGAGGGUCAGCUGACCAACCUGGAGCUGGAUGAGGAGGUUCUCCAGAGCCUGCUGGACCUGCCCACCUGGCUCGCCAUCAACCGCGUGGGCUGCAACAAGGCCGCCAUCAGGAUACCAUGGACAAAGUUGAAGACUCACCCAAUCUCUCUGACCCUGGAUAAAGUGGUGAUGGAGAUGAGUACUUGUGAUGAGCCUCGCCCCCCCAAUGGGCCGUCUCCCAUAGCAACAGCAUCCGGUCAAAAUGAAUAUGGCUUUGCUGAGAAGGUGGUCGAGGGGAUCUCACUGUCAAUCAACUCAAUCGUCAUCAGGAUCAGUGCCAAGGCCUUCAACGCCUCCUUUGAGCUCUCGCAGCUGCAGGUCUACAGCGUCAACACCAGCUGGAGCAUCGGCGACUUGCGCUUCACCCGCAUCCAAGACCCUCAAAGGGGAGAGAUCUUGACGUUCAAGGAGAUCAGCUGGCAGAUGAUACGAAUUGAGGCUGACGCAAUCCAGAGCGCCGAGCAUGAAAUGCUGAGCGCUCCGAUUCGCCUCAUCACAAACCAGUCCAAGAUCCGAGUCACUCUGAAGAGACGGAUUAAGGACUGCAACGUUGUGGCCACCAAGCUGAUUCUGAUCCUGGAUGACUUGCUCUGGGUGCUGACCGACUCCCAGCUCAAAGCCAUGGUGCAGUAUGCCAAGUCUCUGAGCGAGGCCAUGGAAAAGUCGGCACAGCAGAGGAAAAGCAUGGCCACGGAAGACCAGGAGUCAUCAGCGCCGCCCUCAGCCCAGCAGGUUCGCACCCAGCAGGCGUCCACAGCGGCCGACCAGAGUGCAACCAUGGCCAACCUGUUCAGCGCUUUCGACGUAUGUGAGACGUCCCACCAUCUCCAGAUCACACACCUCGACCUGCACAUCUGUGACGACACCCACGCAAAGGACAAAGUGAACAAUAAGAGAAUAUCAAGUGGAGCCAUGCAGCUUUCCUUCAGCUCCAUCACUCUGGACUACUACCCUUCACACAGAGCAGGUGAAAGUUGUGUCCACUGGAUGCACUACAGUGAGGCCACAAAGACCAGAGAGGGCUGGGCGCGGAGUCUGCUCGACGAGUUCACGUCCAACGUGAAGCUGUUAAAGAGCGCAGUGCAAGGCCCGGCUCCUGCGCACACUUCCCCACAACACAGUAAGAUAAGCACCUCCUCCAGCAUCUCCUUCAGUCCCCCUCCCACUCAGCCCAAGACCCAGCUCAUGUCCAGCUCCGUGGUCCUCAGGAUGGCCGACUUCAGCAUCUACCAGGUUUCUACCGCAGACCAGCGUCGCUCCAGCCCCAAAGCCAUGAUCUCCUGCAAUAAGAAGUCCUUGUACCUUCCCCCAGAGAUGCCAGCCAUUCACGUGGAGUUCACAGAGUACUACUUCCCUGAUGGAAAAGACUACCCUAUUCCAUGUCCUAACCUGUAUGCCCAGCUGAACGCCCUGCAGCUGGUCCUGGAUCCUCGCAGCCUGGUGUGGAUCAACCUUUUUGCUCUUGACCUCAGGCAGAGUCUGGAGCAGUUCAUGGAGAUCUACAAGCUCAGCGACUCUCAGAAACCAGACGAGCAUGUAGACAUCAAGAUUGACGGACUCAUGCUGAAGCUGGUUAUUCCCACCGAUUCAGAUGCGUCCUGUCCGGCUGAUCUGCCUCGCUCCAUCUCAGUGCAGACCUCAGAAAUGGUCGCCACGAACACCCGGCAACCGGCUAACUGCACCCGCUCCCACCUUGAAGCCCUGCUGCAGGCCUUCGAGGAGGAACCAUUCUUCUCCCCUUCGUAUUCUUCAUUCCCUCGCACUUCCUCUUCCUUACCCCUGCUGCAUCCUGUCUUCCAGCGCCACGCGCACGAACAAGACACGAAGCUCCACGACAUCUACCGCGGCCUGGUGGUGCCGACGAUGGGCACAGACGCCCUCAAGAUGCCGGCCGUUAGUGACUUUUGGGCGCUGCACUUUGCCCAGUUCUGGGUGGACUAUGAAGGCACCCGUGGAGGAAAAGGGAGGCCGCAGCCCUUCGUGGACUCGUUCCCUCUGACCGUGUGGGCGUGUCAGCCCGCAAAGAUUGUUCAGCACCAGGAGAGGCUCAGAGCUGCAGCUGGAUCAAGUAUGUCCAGGAGCACAUCUGGAGAGGCUGUUUCACGGCUGCAGAGGAAACGGUUGCUAAAGGAGUAUUACAGCACUGAUGGCACACUAACGUCAACUCACAGCAGCGAGGCAACACAGCCUCCCAGUAACGGACUCCAUAAACCACACUCAUUGGACAGUCUGCCCUCCUCCUCUUCUUCUUUAUCAUCCGGUAAAGACGCAGGUGUGCACGCUUUAGUGCACGUGCAGAAGCAUUUAAGUGCUCAGGUGAGCCACCGGCAGUACGUGUUUCUUAUGCAACUUCAGCGCAGCAUCAAAGCCCUGCAGCAGACCCUACAGCAGGACCUGGAGGAGAUGAGCUCCAAGAAAGAUCGCAAGGAUCCCUCUCAGCCUCCUGCAGACCACCAGCCCUUCAACGUCUGCCUCGGCCUUCUGCUGAAAAGCGCAGAGGUGUCCCUGCUCCUGAAGCCUGUCUCUCAACCUGAGGGUUCAAGGUCUCCUCUGGGGUCAGAGCUCUCCCCAUCAGAGAGCCGAGGCACUCUGGAGCCUGGGAGCGACGCUGGAGAAGGGGCUGAAAAGGGGAGUGAAGGAGCUGGAUCAGGGUCUGAGGGAGCAGCAGCCAAAGGUGCAUGCAACACUGUAGACCAGCUGCUAUGUGGUGACGGCUCGGACGGUCCCGCUCCACUCGUCCCCACAUCCACAACAGCUUCACGUCCUGACUUGAAUCACAAAGCCUCACUGGAGGAGAGGACUACAGCUAAGAACUCACGGAGGUGGAGUUCAGAGGAAGGGGGCGAGGCGGCUGUUGAUGGGUUGGCUGGGGGUGAAGAAGUGGGAGCUGGAUUAGAUUCUAAAUCGCAGAGCGACUCUCUGUUGGACCAGAGCAGCAAAGACUGGAGCGACAAAGACGCGACCGGAGCCAACAAGAUGCCUCAGUCAACAUCCAGUGGUCGCUUGAUGCGGGACCGUUCCCAGUCCAGCUUCUCUGUGUCCUACAAGAACAUGAAGAAGAGCCCGUCCCUGCAGUCCCUGGAUAACAUCUCCAUAGACAGCUACCUCAUGGAGGACGGAGACACGUACAGUCUGCUGGAGAGAGAUGACGUGUCCAUCUCAGGCUUCAAGGACGCCAUCAUUGAGCAAAGUAACACUGAGAGUGCCACCGAGGCUGUGAUUGGUCGCGAGCAGGAGGGGGGCGUGUCCCCCGACACUGUCAGCGCCACGUCCCAGAGCACUGACGAUCCCACCAAAGAUGUAGUGUCCGUGCUGAUGCUGAAGGUACGGUCGGUGUGUGUGGCCAUGGAGGCGGAGGGCGAGAGCACGGCCGUGGCUCUGGAGGUGGGACAGGUCACACCGAGCCAGCUGGGCAACGUCAGCCUCAGGCAGUACCUUAGCAACCGCAGCCUGGCCGGAGGUGAGCUCAGCUCCGCGUCCGCCCGAGGCCUCCACAGUCCGGAGGUCCGGGCCCGCCUGGAGAGCGGGCCAUGCGCCGCCGCUCACUCACCACUGGCCGUGCGCAACGGCUUCCUGCAGCUGCGUCUCCACGGGUACCAGGCGAGCUUCUUGAUGUCCACGAUGCGUAACCUCGCCAACUUCCUGGAGGACGACUCUGCGCCGCUGGUGCUGCCCAUGGAGAUCAGCAUCAGGGACACACACAUCCACUUAAAGGACGACGGCCCCCGGGACAACCUUUCUGACUCUGAGCACUCUCCGAUCACGAUGCACGUGGACAGCCUCAUCAUUCACAGGAGGGACGAUGGCUCCUUCUCCAUAGGAGUGGACACGACGGCGGAGGCCAAACCCCGGAAAGAUGGCUCGUUGAUUGACAGCACUCUGAGUCCGGUUCCCGAGGUGGUGGGCAGCGUCUGCGCUGUACCAAAGGCUACACAGACACAAGCCCCGCCCACCAUCCCACCUCCACCCAGCAGAGAAAAUAUGCUGAUGGAGGAAAACGAAUGUCUUAAAUUGGAGCUGUCGCGAGCCAAGAUGGCGCUGGCUGAAGCUCAGAUGGAGAAGGACUCGCUGCUGCACCGCAUGAAGAAUCUUAAAGUCAACACCAGCUAGACCAGGAUCACUCUCAAUCUAUUUGUUCAAGCGAGCCAGUCAGCCAGUCUUACUUAGCGCCUCACAGGUCUGAGGCGUGAGGGCGAGCAACAAGUUGAGAAUAAAAAGGGGGAUUUUUUUGUUGUUGUUGUUGUUUUAAGCAGCUCCCUUUGCGCACUUAUUUGUUGAGUGAGCCACUAUGGCUGCGUUCACACUGCAGGUCAAAGAAACCUGAAUCUAUGUCGUCUAUGUGACUUGGAUCUGAUGUUUUGAUGACAGUUUGAACAGUCCACAUACAAUCUGAUAUUAUUGCCACCUUCAUAUUUUGAUCUAAAGCAGUCACAGGUCAGUUCUUUUGCAGUCAGACCUUAGUCUCAACAGACGAGUCAUCUGCACGGAAAAAUGCAGGAAGAACUGCCAGAAAAAAAAAAAAAAAACUGUGUGAAUGCGCAAAUUGAGGCUUAUACUAUCACAAUGGAUAUUAAUAUGAUUUGUCCCAUUACUUACAUUAAAUUAAUUAUUUUCUCAUAUGUGGAGUGUCUGACAUUUAGAAGUCCUAAUAUUUCAGCUGCAGCCCUACAGGAAUACCAAGCGGUUUGGGGCUCAUAAAAAUGAAUAUAAAAAAUGUAAAAGCAGGAAAUAUGUUUUUUUUUUUUUUUAAAUCUUAAAUUAGAAUGCUUCAGCGCUUUGUUGUCGGUUGUAGGAUGAUAAUACAUCUACCUGUCACAAUCAUACAGGCUUUUUUAUAUGAAAAAUCAUACAGUAGAGACGUGUAUCGGUCUCUCUCACGAUCAGAUCACAGACCUCUGUGACCAAGAGGUCUGAUUGGUCAGUACAAUUUCUUAUCUCAAACAUUAUACCAAACAACCUGCUCUGGAGCAGAUGAGAUGAUAACUGAGGGUGUUCAGUUAUGAGUCCCGGUAAGACGUGAACCACCUUCAUACUGAAAAAAACAGAAGUUACAUUGAAUUUGGCUUGAUGAAUAUAAAAGAUUGGAUUUUUUUGUUCUUCUGCGGGAGGUUGUAGAUGGUCAGUUCUACUCAUUAUGUAAUAAUCCCUAUUCACACCGUGCUGCGACUAGACGACUUGGUUGUUGUUCUUUUGCACAUGCAGGUCAGUUCAGGACUGUGACCAGUUCACACUGGAGUCUGUUUCAGGCCACAUUUAAGAAGCAAUAUAAAAAAUCUGAUUUGAGCAUUAAGGCUUGCAGUGUGAACGCAGCAUGAGACUUCAAAAUAAUUCUUUCAUUAAGCAAUGCAGAUUCUGUGAGAAGACUAAGACACGUGUUUUUACAAGCUCGUUUGUUUUACAUGCUCCACUUUGGACUGUGAAGGCUCGACACAUUUGGAGCAGGUUGAAAAAAAAAAAAAAAAAAAGGUGACGUUUAGCAAGCCUAUGUGUGUGUGUUCAUGUUUGAGUGUGAGGAAGAACAAGGAUCUGUAUCCAUGGCUGUGCCUACAGAAAACCCCUCAUACACUAUUCUUGUUGUGUAAAGAAAACUCACAGAUCUUUGAUGUACGUUCAAUCAUAUGUAGAUAUGAAGAAAAAAAUGAAUGUCAUAUCUUCAGAUGAAUGUAAAAAAAAAAAAAAAACAGACUUCUUUUGCACUGCACUGAAAUGAGUUGUCAUUUUAGUGCUUUCAUAUUCAGAGAGGACAAGACAAAUCCUGCUCUCGCUCGCCCUCGGAGUGUGUACAGUGUAUAUUGUAUAAGAAUGUGAACACAUGACUAUUUUCUUCAGAGACUCUAAACAGUUAUGCAGUGUUUCAGUUGAAUGUUUGUGUUUGACGCAGCAAGAACAAGCAUUUCUUUACAAUUAUAGGAAAAAAAAAACAUUUAUGUCAGUGUCACAGCUUUGUCAGCAAAAUGCCCCACAAUAAAGUCUGUAUCCCUCCGCCUAUUUUUCUAUGUGUAAAUAGAUACUUAACAUGUGCAGCACUUUUAAAACUGAGGCACUGUAAAUACAACCAGAACUGUGAGAGGAAAAAAACAAGACUGUGCGGAGGAGGAAAAUAAAGGCAAAAUGAAGCUGCCUGAUUACAUAAAUGAGUGUGUGUUUAUGUAAAUUUCUAAUCUGCCAUGUGUAAUUGUUUUCAUCGACUUUUGUUGAACAUAUCUGCUGCUUUUCCAUCCUUAACACCGGGGUGACAACUUCCGGGGACAAGAUGUUUAAAUGACAAAAAAAAACAACUGACUUUUCAUUCAGCACAUGCUUUCCAACAGCACAAAUGACUCAAAAGGUAUGCAACAGGGACAUGAGCUCGGCCCACUUCAUUUCACAUCCUGUCUCCAAAAAUGUAAGUUUUCUAGUUCCUGUCAAAGACAUGAAACACAAGAAGUCCCCAGUUCCAAGACUUGAAAUGUCAGAGGAAGGAAUUUUAACAAAAUUAUGUGUGAAGAAGUUUUAGUCGACCGACAUGAUUUUUUUCCCUCAAACUUUUUUCAUCCAUCAUCACAGCCCUCCUGCUCUCAUGGCGGAAGAAAAAGACACAAAAAGUAAUGAGUUGUAUUUUGUCUUUCAAACUGCUGAAAUACAGAUGAAAAUAAAAAAGGGUAUCCAAUU